AUGCCUGCCUCCAAAACAGAUACUGCGAUGCGGCUCCCCGGCAACGAGGACCAACAACGUCGCACCUGGACCACCCAGGACAAGAAGGGCGCGGCCAAAGCGCAGAGCGAGCUCAGCUCUGGCAAGAACAAGUCUCAAGAAAGUACGACUUGGUCCCCCGAACAGCUGUUGGCUUCCCAUAUGGACGAGGCCGGCAACCUUGUGCCCGACCCAAUUACAUUUGGCGACGGAGCCAAGGCCAGCAAGAAGAAGAUGGGUAGCAUGACGGACGAAGCCGAUGUGUUCGAGGCUAUGAAUGCGGACACUGCGGACUUUGAUUAG